AUGACACAAGACAUUUCAAAAGAAGUGCUUGCUCUCUCCAUCCAUGUCGCUGCAGCUGCUUCCUAAAUCACCAUCUAAACUCAAUAGAGAAUGAAUUUAGUUACAAAUAGUGUUAUAGAGAGUGUAGACUAGACUCUGAAGAUCAUAAAUUCUUUAUUUAUGCAAUCUUAAAAACAUUCACAUUUGGAUGCAGUUAUAGAGGAAUUUGAUGAGGAUUGUGGUAAGGAUUCAAAAACGAAGGAAUUCUAUAAGAAUGAAUAACAAAAUGCAAUUGAAAAUGAACAAUUGGAUUAAAUUAGAAUUGAAAAUUUGAUAUCAUAAGAAAAUUGCAAUCCAAACAUGUCAGUCAAAUCAACUAAUUCAAGUUGCUUAAGUGUUUACAAAUCAAAAAAUAAUAGUUAGAUAAUAGAAGAGUAUCCACAAAAUAAAAAUCACAGAAAUGACACUCCAAUCUAAUAGAAGAAAUAGUCACUGCUCUCAUAAUAGCUAUCUUAAAUAAAGGUUGAUAAAGAAAAAGAAGCAUAAGAAUAAAAGGAAUUAAUGCUCCUUAUUGACUAAGUUGAUCCAGGCGAGCUAAUUCCCUAAUUGAAAUCGAUUGAGAUGGUCGACCAAUAUCAAGAGGAGAAUUCAAAUCAAUUGGAUACCUUUGCAAACUUUGAAGAACCAUUUAUUGUUUUAAAUGCAGAAUAAUGUUAAAAAUAAAAAAACACGUCUCCAAAAAGAUCAGAAUGGUAUGAUAGCUCUUCAGUUGAAUAUAAGGCUACAUCUUAUAAUACCAACGAAUCCUCUAAUUUGGAUCAUCACUCUUAUAAAUGGAAGAGUAGCAGUAUUGAAGAUGAAAAUUUAUUGCAUAAUUGCGAAUUUCAAUUUUAAUCCUCAGUUUUUGAUUUCCCAUUUCCAGAGGACUUUUGUACAAAUAGUAUAAAUGUGUAAUAGAACUUUUAACAACUAGAAUGUAAAAACUAAUUUACUCCUAAAAAGAAGAGACUAUACUGUAAUAAUAAAAAGGUUCCUCAUUGGGCAGAGAAUUUAGAGAAAGUUUAGCAAUAUCAAUCUUAGUAAGAUCAUUUAUCUUAACAUUAAAUCUUUGGUAAAAUGAAGAACAGAGUUUUAGAGAUUGCCAAAUAGUUUUCAGAAAGUAGAUAUCAUAGAAGAGGAAGUUCAGCAUAAUGGGAAAUUCCUAAUAAGACUUUUGAUGUGAUGUAAAAACAGAUGAAGAAACUUUAAUAAAUAUAAGAUGAUAAUAUAUAAAAAUUGUAGUAACAUUAAAUAAAUUCUGCAUAGAAAAAUUAAGGUUUAAUUGCAAAAACCCAAUAUUUUUUAACUAGUAUCAAAAAAAAAAUCCUCAAUUCAUUUGAGAAAGAUUCAAAAUAUAAAAUAUGA